CACCAUAAUACUCAAAACCCAAAUCCAAAAUCCCAUAUCUUUUUCAUUUCUCUAUCUUUUUUCUUCUCUCUCCUAGCUUCUCUCUCCUAACUUCUCUCUCCUAACUUCUCUCUCUACACCAUUUUUCUGUUUAUUUGGGUUUGUGGGUUUAGCUUUUUGCAAGUUUUUGUGAGUUUUCCCAUCUGGGUUUGAUCAAAUUACAACAAAAAACCUAUCUUUUGAAUCCCCCAUGAAACCUUUCUCAAGAAAAAUCAGAUCUUGAGAGGAGCUUCCCCCCAUUGAAGAACAUCCAAAGCUUCCACCUUUUCUAAAUUCCUCUUUCUUUUCACUUCCUUCAUCACUAAGUUACCCACAAACAAACAAACAAACAAAAAGCUGCUAAAGCAAGAACACCAAGAACACCAAGAACACCAAGAACACCAAGAACAAUAUGCCCUUAGAAGGUGUUUUUAUUGAACCUUCUUCAACCCCACUUCCUGAUCUCUCUCUUCAAAUCAGCCCUCCAAAUGUUUCUUCUUCUUCUUCUUCUUCUUCUUCUUCCUCUUCCUCUUCAAUUAGAACCCUCAGCCAUGGAUUUGCACAAACAAGUUUUGAUCUUUUGAUUCAAAGAAACGACCCUCGAGCUCACACCGAGCUCUCUCUAGGAACCAACAACAACAACAACAACAAUUCCCUUAGCGGAGUGCCACUGAAUAAUCCAACACCGCCUCCUCGUCUUCGAGGGCUUUCGAUGUUCGACAUAUCAUCCGACGGGUUGCAACCGAUCAAAGGGAUUCCCGUGUAUCACAAUCGUCCAUUUUCAUUUUUGGGUGUGGAUCAAAAAGAUCAUUAUUUCCACCAUCAAUUUCCAUCAUCUUGCUUCUUCCCAAAUUACUCGAACUCGAACGGAGUUGUUCAAAUGGGUUAUCAUCAUCAUCGAGGAAUCGGAGGAAAUAACUCGUCUCCGAGGUUCAACAAUGGAGUUGUUUCUAUAGAAGCAGUUAAAUCUUUGAACUAUAAUAAUCAUAGUAAUUAUAGUAAUGCAGCUUCUUCUUCUUCUCAUGUUUGUUCUCAUGGAAUGAUGAUGAGAUCCAGAUUUUUGCAGAAGCUUCCUGCAAAACGAAGCAUGAGGGCUCCUAGAAUGCGAUGGACUACCUCCUUACACGCUCGCUUCGUUCACGCCGUCGAACAUCUCGGCGGCCAUGAAAGAGCGACCCCAAAAUCAGUUCUUGAGCUGAUGGAUGUGAAGGAUCUAACACUGGCUCAUGUGAAAAGCCAUUUACAGAUGUAUCGAACUGUUAAGACCACUGACAAGCCUGCAGCUUCCUCAGGCCAAUCAGACGGUUCGGGAGAAGAUGAGGUAUCGCCUACAUUGGGGACGAUUAGCGGGGGUCAUGGCCCCAAACAAUUUUCCGAUCAAAGAGCUCCGCCCGACCGGUCUGGCCAGCAAUCGCCCGAUUUGGAAUUUGGCUCCUCCACUCUUUGGUCUAAUUCCUCAAGAGAUGUUUGGGCAGAAACAAACGGCAAUGAAAUGGAUGUGAUUAGGCCAAGUUUGUAUGCCAAAAUGCAGCAGAAAUGCAUGCACCAAAUUCAGGAAUGUGAUUCAGGUGCAAUGAAGAAAUACAAUUCAGAAUGCUGCAACAAACCAAGCUUGGAGUUCAGGUUAGGCAGAGCAGAGUGGGACGUGGAAGAACACUAAAUUUGGUGAGUGCUAUAUAUAUAUAUAUAUAUAUAUCAUACACAUACACAAUUGGAAGAGAUUUUAGCUUGGGGGGAACAAGAAGAUGAAGAUAUAUAUAGUGAUUUUGUUCAAUGUUUUGAGCUA